CAUUUGGAAACUCGGGCACUGCCCGAGGGCCCGGGGUCAGUAGGGGGCCCCAUGAGAUGCCCCUGGUACCUUUUUCAUAGGCUUAUUUUGAGUUUGACCAGGGACAUCUCAUGGGGCUCUCUACUGACCCCGGGCCCUCGGGCAGUGCCCGAGUUCCCCAAUGGUCAGUCCGCCCCUGGUCCGGACACUUUCACCCCCUUCCUGUCCAGGCCAAUUUUCAGCUUUCAGCGCCAUCACACUUUGAAUGACAAUUGUGCGGUCAUGCAACACUGUACUCAUAUGAAUUUU